AUGAAUGCGAAUGAUAUUCGUUUUUUAUCUCAUUAUUUAAUUCCCAAAGAUUGGACUGUUCAUUUCAUUGAUCGAAGAACAGAUAAAAAACAACUCGAGGUAGUGCAAGAGCUUAUUGAAAAUGCUCGGCUAUUCGCUUUUGACACUGAAACAAUGCCUAGUUUUUAUCAUCCCAAUUUCCAACGUAAUCAAAAUAAUAAAUGGACAAAUGGUAUCUGGCAAGGAUUACCAAGUCAAACUCAACCAAAUUCAUGUAUAAGUAAACCAUCACUUCUUCAAAUUGCUGUUCGCAGCCAACAACGGCAUGGCAAAGAUGUGCUCCUUUUCGAUCUUCAAGAAUUAUUCGAUCGAUCAAUUGUUUAUUUUCGUGAAUCUCAUACAAGCAGUAUUGUUCAUAAUCUAAUUCGAUUAAUAUUCAAUCAUCCCAGUGCAUAUAAAAUUUGUCAAUCAUUUGUCAAUGAUCUAUCACAAUUGAAAUGCUCAUAUGAUGAAGAUUGCUUUCAUACAACUAAACUUCACCAUUGCAUUGAAUUAUCAGAUCUAUAUAGGCAAGUUUUUCCGGAUGAAAAAAAUCAACAAAUCUAUGGCCUACAACGUAUGACAGCAAUGACACUACAUUUUCAAUUAGAUAAAAAACAACAAUGUGCCAAUUGGUCUAAACGCCCGUUAACACAAUCGUUACAAGAUUAUGCUGCCAUCGAUGUUAUUGUGAUGAUUGAUAUUUAUGAUCGACUAAAAACUAAAAUUGAACAACAAUUAAACGAGCAAGACAAUCAACUAUCUACAUGGGAAGAUUUUCAAAACUCUGUUGAAACCUCAAUUGAUCUAAGUCAACUUAUUCUUUAUCAUUGUGUAUGUGGUGAACGAUUUAUUACAAAUAAAACUCGUAAUAAACAUGCCCGAGCAUGUAUUCAAGAGCAACAACGAAUUGAACAAGUUGCUGCAACAGAAGCACAUGCUCGUAAAAAGAAGAUUAAAAAAAUUUCAGUUAAUAGUAAUGACCCAAUAAAACCUGAAGCGCCUAUGACAACAUCUUUUUCAACACUUGACUUUGACGCACCACCACCACCACCACCGCGUGGUCGUGGCUAUAUUCCACCGGCACUGAAACGUGCUUAUCAAUCUUUGAAUCAAACAUCAUUCUAUGAACAAGUUCGAUGUUCAUCAGCCUAUGAUGAACUUAAUCAAUUAAAUGAAAAUCGUCCACCUGACGCUCAAUAUUUUCUUGAAGAUGAUGACACAGAAGUGGCACAAGCAUUUGGUCUUAAAAUAAUGAAUAUAUCUCCGAAACCAAAAUUAAUAAGCCAAACUCAAUCGAAUGCAUUGUCAACAGCUGUGUCUAAGCAAAAUCUUAAAAUAGCUGCUUAUCCACCAAAGAUUUCAUCGCAAUCUCUAAAUAGUGAAAAAACGUUCUACGAUGAAAAUGAAUUACUCGAUCGUCUGCAAGAUGAUUUGGAUAGUCAACCUGAUUUUCAUUGUCAUCUUUUUGGUUUAGGUGGUCGUGGCCGAUCAUUAUCAUCAAUGCACAUAUCUCCACCAGAGCCGUAUCUAAGCAAACGAAGUCAUUACUCCUAA